ACAACCCAGGAAAACAAAGCAUUUUGUUAAAAUUAGAAAAAAGUCCAAUUCCCCCUAUAGAAUUAAAUUAUCAACCAUAAAAUGUUUCCGGGAUGGCAGCCGAUGCAGCAGGCGUUUAUUCAGCCCCAGUACCACAUGGUCCCCAUGCAAGCCCAGCCAGCCUGGCCAGUACAAGGAGUUCCAAUGCAGCCUAUGAUGGGUGGGGUAAUGAUGGGGCACGGACCCCGUAUGCCGCAGCAACAGUCUCCACAGACAUCUGCUCCUCCUGUCCCCGGCGAAGAUAACCCACCGCCAUUGCCGUCUGAACCGCCACCACCUGAAGAGGCAGGGUUAAAGCCUAAAGAUCCAGUUGAGGAGAAGAAGCUUGAGAAUCUGAAGAACAUGGCUGCCCAGUGGCAACAGCAGAAGCAGACAUGGGGACCCACUAACCCAGAGAUUGGAUUCCAAACGCCACUUGAUCUUAUCAAGAAGGAAGAGGAGGAGUUUGCGGUCACAUACACAACUUGGAAACAGCAGUAUGACACAUGGCGAGAACAGAACAAAUUGCAUCCAAAUAAAGAGCAGUACAAUCAGUAUCUGCAGCAAUGGCAGACAUACGAGAAGCAGAUGGAGGCCAAGAAGUCAGACAUUGCGAAGCGGAAAGAGGAGGCCAAGAAACAGAUAAAGGAGCAGGAGAAGGCUGCCGCAAAAGGCCAGCCGUUCUCCUCAGGAAUUGGUGGGUUCACUGGUCCCCCGCCACCUGGAAUGUUUGCUGGCGCAGGCGGGCCCCGUGGACCUCCCCCAGGGGCGGGAUUUAAUGCCCCACCCCCAGGAAUGCCACCUGGGGCGCCUGGAGGCCCUGGGGAUCAGAGGAUGAGAGGUCCCCGCCCACCUGCUGGAAUGGGAGGCCCUGGACAGGGAAAUAUGGGAGGACCUCGCCCACCGUUUGGCCCAAGGGGUGAUAUUGGGCAGAUGGGACCCAGGGGCAGGGGGUUCCCCAUGGGGAACUCUGGGCCAGAUAUGGGUGAAGGGGAAAUGGGAGAUGACAUAUCGGCAGAAGACAAUAACCAAUUUCUAGAAAGAUUGUAUCAAGAUACAAGAACAAACAAAUUUAUUUUAAAUAAGAUCACUGAUGAAGGUAAAGACAUUUUGAAUCAGUUAGGGUUUGAGGGUCGAGUGUUUUUAAUGAAAUUUACGAAAAUGAAUCCUGCACAGCUGAACAGUAUGGUGAAGAUGGUGAACACAUUAGGCGAUGAAAGUAAAAGACUGUUUAAAGAAAAUCAAAUGAACCCAAUGGUGUUAGGAAGGAUGAAGAGGGAUGUUAUUGCGGAGUUAAAACGUUUAAAUGUAGAUAUCACGGAUGAGCUUUCCAAGAGGACUCACUCAGCUUUUAGGGGUCGGGGCAGGGGAUUUCCCCGUGGCGGAGGCCCAAACCAGUUCGGUAGAGGCCGUGGAGGGAACUUCCAGGGUAGUUUUGGAGAAGGAUCUGAGGACGGGAACCAAGGUGGGCCUGGUGCUCCCCCAUCUCUCAUGGAGAUGAACUUUGACCAGCAGUCUGGCUUUGGAGGAAAACAGGACAGUAGUGGUGGUAUGCCAGGUCGUGGAGGUCUUGGUAUGCGUGGUGGUCCUCAUGGUGGUCCACGCGGCCCUGGACCCAUGAACCAGGGACCCCGAGGAGGGCCUCCCGGAAUGGGGAUGAGGCCGGGGAUGAUGCGCGGGCCCCGCCCUGGGGUCUUUGGGGGCCCAGGGAUGCCAGGGCCCCCUCCCCCGCGACCUAUGGGGGUUCAGGGUUUUGGUAGUCAACCAGUCCCACCAGCACAGCCAGAAGUGUUCACUGGUGAGGUGUUUGAACCUCCACCAGAGCCAGAAAAGCCCAAGGUGUCAACACCACCUGUCACAACAGCCACGGCAACAACAGCAGCUGAUGCUAAAGCAAUUACUACUGCACCUAAAACCACACAAGUCAAGCCUGAGACUACAAAAGACAAAGAAAAAUCUCAGACUCCUGACAAUAAAUCUCAAACCGUACAAAAACAAGAUCAACAACAGAAGCAACAACAACAGCAACAACAGCAGCAACAGCAGAAGAAGUUCAAUGAGAAGAAACCUGCACCACCAGAACCGAAGUCAACAGCUCACCGGAGCUUGGGGAUGUUCUUGGCUAUGAACCAGGAUAAACUGCAGGAGGAAAGGGACCGGGAACAGCGUGCUGCUGUGGGGCGGGGCAGAGGGACUGGGUCACCAUCAGGUACACCAGGUGCAAGGGACCGCAGCGCAGAGCGGGACAGACCUGGGAUUGGGCAGGCCGCACCGAUAAAAACAGAUAUAAAACCAUUGCUGGAUAUAGACCACAGUUAUGAAGACCAACAGGAUCAAUACAACGAUGAAUACAGCCAGUUUGGUGCCCAGAGAGGACGUGGUAGAGGACGAGGCGGGUUUGACAGUACAAGAGGCCGCGGAGGCAUGGCAGACAGCCAGAGGGGUCGGGGUGGUAUGGCUAACAACCAACGGGGUCGUGGAGGAAUAUUAGACAAUCAAAUGGGGCGCGGGGGAUCGGACAGUACCCGGGGACGUGGAGGAUUUGACAGUGCCCCGGGGCGUGGGGGAUUUGACAGUGCCCGGGGGCGUGGUGGAUUUGACAGUGCCCGGGGGCGUGGAGGAUUUGACAGUGCAAGGGGGCGUGGAGGAUUUGACAGUACCCGGGGACGUGGAGCAUUUGACAGUGCCUCAGGGCGUGGUGGAUUUGACAAUGCCCGGGGACGUGGUGGAUUUGACAGUGCCCGGGGGCGUGGUGGACGGGGCCAGCCCCCAGCAGAGACAGGAAGGGAGGAGGAGCAGUAUGGGGGACAAUUCGGAGCAGCAGCACGGGGGAGGGGCACUGGGCGUGGUAACCAAAGGGGUCGUGGAGGUCAGUUUGGGGCCAGAGGUCAAUACGGCGAUCAAGUACAGGGACAGUUUGGUAACAAGGGGCAGUUUGACCAGUAUGGAAAUGAGGCAGAACCUGAACAGUAUGGGGAGGAGCAAUAUGGGGCAGAUCAGUUCGGGGAGGAUCAGUACACAGAACAGCCGGCCGUGGAGUAUGAACAGGGGCAGGGCUACGGGGCAGACAGCCAGGCGGAGCUUCAAGCCCCAGAAGCAGACACUACUGUCCAGGGGGUAGAAGAUAACAGACCACUUGAGGGAAACAGACCACCUGUUGACCCGUACAGGCCACCAGAGGAGAGAGCAUACGACAGAGCCAGGCUUCCUCCAGCGCCGGAGGAUAGACUCAGAGAGAGACUUGACUACGAUCGGAGAGACCCAUACAGAAGACCUGAGGAUCCUUACGAGCGGUUGCGUGACCCCUAUCGUGACCCGUACUACCGGGACCCCUAUGCCAGGGAUCCCUACAGAGACCCCUAUGCCAGAGACCCCUACAGAGACCCCUACAGGAGACCCGUGUAUGAAGACCCAUACAGGCGUUUGGAUGAACGUGACCGUUACGACCCAUAUCGACCUCCAGAAGAGCAGGGAACCUUUAAGAUUGCAGAGACGAUUGACUACGGUCAUAAGCCUACGGGCUCGGAGGAGGAGGCUGGGGGGUAUCAGGCUCCUGCAGUGAUAGACUACGGGCAUGGGCAACGUUCUUCUGCAGGCAGCCAGGAGGAGGAGUACCCUACCCAGGGUGCACAGGGUGAUUCUGGGGGCUACCCUUCCCGCGAAGACAGUCGACAGUACCCUAGCAGCAUGGAAAGUGAGACCUACCCUCCCCACCAUGAGAGUGGAGGCUACCCGCCCAGCAGGGAAAGCGGGGGCUACCAGCCUCACAGGGAGGCUGUGGGCUACCCGCUAAGCAGGGAGUCUGGGGGCUACCCAGGCCGGGGUGAGUCCAUGUAUGGGCAGAGGGAGGGUGGAUUCUCCCCACAUGAAAGAGCAGGAACAGACCGGGACUAUCCACCAACCAGCAGAACUGACACCAGCUUCUCACAUAGACCAACUGCUAGCUCACAACAAGAUCAGAGAGAAGUGGACAGGUAUUCACGACCAGCACCACCUCCCCCCAUGGAAAGGAAAUUCCCAUCCCCUUUCAUCAGUCGGUCCCAGUUUCCUGGACCCCCUCCUGGCCCCCCUCCUGGUCCCCCACCCAGAGCCCCGCCAGUGGAGACAAAGAUGGAGGUUGUCAAGGUUGAGGACAUUCUGUGCCUGCCAGGCCGCACCACGCGACCCCAGCAGAUUGUAGCAAUCGUGCGUGGACUCCCUGGCUCUGGGAAAACCUAUGUCAGCAAACUGAUCAAGGACAAGGAGGUCUCUAGCGGUGGUGGGGCCCCACGUAUGCUGUGUCUGGACGACUAUUUCAUGAUCGAGGUGGACAAGAUAGAGAAGGACCAGGAGACAGGAAAACGCAUCAAGAAAAAGGUCCUGGAGUAUGAAUAUGAGGCUGAGAUGGAGAGUGCAUAUCGCCAGAACAUGCUAAAGAGCUUCAAGAAGACCAUUGAUGACGGCUUCUUCCCGUUCAUCAUUGUCGACGCUGUCUUCGACCGCAUCAAACACUUUGAGGAGUUCUGGAGCUACGCAAAGUCCAAGGGUUUCCAGGUGUAUAUCGUGGAACUUCACUGUGAUGUGGCCGUCUGUGCGAAGAGAAACACUCACAAACGUACACAGCGAGAAUUAGAAAAGCUGCAGUCGAGGUGGGAGGAAGCACCAGGCCACUACAUCAAGCUGGAUGUACGAGCAUUAUUGCAGGAAGACUCCAUCACUGAUGUGGAAAUGGAGGAGACGGAGGUCGGCCAGGCAGGUGGGGCUGUGAAGGAGGAGGGUGAGGAAGCUUUUGAAGAGGAUGAAGCUCAGCAUUACAAGAAAAGCAAAUGGGAGCUAGAUUUAUCUGAAGGAAGUUUAGACAAGCUGGAUGGUCUGCAACACAAGAUGAAGCACUCAACACAUGCAGGCUCUAUGGAAGAGGUCCUGCAGGUCGCAGAUGAAUACUUUGCAAGGCAAAUGAGGGAACCUGGCAAGAAACAGGUUCGCUGGGCUGAUCUAGAGGAAAGGAAGGUCUCUGAGUAUCGACGAGAUCUCGGCUUUGUUGUGGGACAAACACAGCAGGAUUGGCAGAGAAUUACUGACCCAAACUACGCGGAACGCCAGCUUAAUAGAACCAAGUACUUCUAGUAGGGUUACCUGCUAAUAACUUGGUUUUAGUUUAUACAUAAGAUUGUUUCCUGAAAAAGUAUUGAAGACAUUGCGUACUUAUUGAUGAUGUGUUUCAUAGAUAUGAUUAUGGACAUUGGACUAUUUGCAUCUCACUGACGUCAAAAGGAAUAUGACUUCAAGGCCGAAAAUACAGUGGACACAUAGAUAUUGACCAAUUGAGUGUUCAUAUAGUGAUUGAGCAAUAUACAUUUUUGUGUUUUAUAGUGAUGUUUUUAUGUUGUUUGCAAUACAUUUUGAAAAUAUGCUUGGUAGCGAAGUAUAACUGCUUUUGUGUUGUCAUUUAGAGCGACGGUCAUGUUUUAGAUUAAAACGGUAAGUAUACAUUAUCACAUGUUUUACCUAGUAUCCAUCUGCUGUCAAUUGUAUAACACUGCACAUAAAAGAAGCAAUUCGAUUGGUCAACAGUAAUUAUGGAAUAGAUAUUGACCAAUCAAUAAACAUUUUAGCUAACUUUUACCAACCCAAAGAAUUAACCAGUUUUAUACAAUAGGCUGCUGGGGUUAAAACAGAAUAUCAAUAUACAUCUGUACAUUUGUUUUCAUAAGUGUAUGUGCCUAUAGAAAUGACUGUGUUCAUAGUAAAAUAAAGAUGAGGAAAACAUC